AUGGAAAUAGGAGGAAGACCUUGCAAACCUAAUGCAAUUGUGCAUAAUACCAUCAUUGACAGAUUGUGCAAGGAUAAAUUGGUCGAUCAAGCUCUCGCCCUUUUAGAGGAGAUGAUUGAGAAGGGCAUUUAUCCGAGCGCAAGGAACUUGAUAAUUAUGUCGAAAAGGAAAUGCUUGAGAGCCAAAGGUCAAACAUUUACAGGGAGGAUGGUCAGAACUAAUCUGGAGUUCCCUCCAACAACGGAUCCUGCUCAGAUUUGGGGUUGGGAAUUGCUGGUGCUUGAACUUCAGUGUGGUGGCAAGCUGGCAGCACGAAAAUUGGAGAAGAACGGGCUGGAGAUUGAUGCUUUAAAGCUUGAAACCUUGAAGCUCUCGGCUGUAACUUGUGGGUUCUUGGUAGAAGACGCAGAUUUUCGUCUUGUUAGUACUUGGUUUUUUGUGGUGGAUGCACUAUGUAAGGAAGGGCACAUAGAAGAUGCUGAAGAGGUAGUCCGGACGAUGAUUCAGCAAGGAGUAAUUUGGUGCAGAAAGGAACUUCUUAAAGGAGGCCACUAUGCUGACGCAAUAGUCUAUCAUGAAGAAAUGGUUUGUAGAGGUUUCUUGCUGGAUUCAUCUACUUUUUCCAUUUUACUUGAUUUAUCUGCUGGCAAACAGGACACUCCUUCUCUACUUAUGUCAAUGUUGAAGAUUGAUCCAGAUAGCAAGAAGUUCCAGGAUGGGGGAUAUAGAGGAACUUCACAUUAG